UAAUCCGAUUUUCGCCGAAAUACUAUCAAAACGCUCGAUUUUAAAUCGCGGACUUUCUAGCGAUCGAAAUAUGGAUUUUGCCGAAAUGGGAUGUUACAUAUGCAACCUAGGGAGGUAGUUGUAACACUAUGGAGGAUGUUGAAGUAUAAGAUUUUUCCUAUCUGUCUCUCAGCUGUGUCGGUUGAUUUUGUGAACUAGUGGAUUUAGGACCCUUGAUUCAUGUAGUAUUGAUGAAUCCUCUUAUGUUGUGUUCUGGACUCGUGUAUCGAAAAGGGUGCUCAAGUGUGAAAUUAAAAAGCAGUUGGUUCUCCAUGUCAAAAAUUUGAAAUUCUAAGACAUGGGGUAAGCCCAACGUGUGUGGCACCGUUCAUUGCACAAAAUCAGGUUUUGGAAGAGAUUUUAGUGAUCCUUGGUGGGGUAGGCCUACAAGGUGAAGUUAACUUGUCUCUAAUACAAGUAAAAUUUCCGCCCGUUUAACGGUUUGCCUACAUGAGGAUGUGUUUUUAAGGGCACAGAUAGAGCUUCCGACGCCCCUUAAUUUCAUUGACCCUCCGCACGAAGUGAGGAAUAGGAGUUAAAAGAAGUACUCUGGCGAGUGACAGAUGUACAUAAAUUGCUCUUGCUCACAUAUUAAGGGCAGACCGCGAAUACAAACUGCAGUUGGAACCCUAGCAAAGAAAAAAAAAGAAACAAAUAGUAAGAAGAAGGGGUUCUGACUCGACUCUACUGUCACUCCAGGAAUUGGCCAAGUGAAACCACUUCCUAAAGCGUAGUAUAGCGGGUUAGGUUUAUAUGUCAACCCGGGUCCUAGAUUUGCUGACUACUCAGUGAGUUCUUGUUAUCUAGCAAUAAAACUGGAAUGCAAGUCUAACUAACAAACUAACGAAGCAAGUAAACUGGUUGUAUUCAAGUUAAAGAGGUCACCUGGAUAUGGUUCCCCCUAGACUGCAGUUAAGCCGGAUUGUAAUUACCAAGUUCAGUUUCUAUGAUAGUUAUACUGCGGAAGGUUCUUAAACAGUCUGAAGUCUCGACUAAAGGUCUUCAGGCCCUCUCAAUCUGAAUCUCUAGCGGGCGACUAACCUCCACUGGAGUAGACAAAUUGAGGCCCUAAGAACAAAACCUCCACUACCGGGGUAAAUCCGGUACAGAAUAGUGAGUUGGCUCCUCGACUAAACUCACCAACUCCCUACCUUCAAUCAAGGAUACUCUAUUAACCUAGGCAGAUAUUCUCAUUCUAGGUUAAAGCAGAAACAACAGGAAUUUGAUCAGGAUUCAAGUCAUUCAAUCAUUAAAACCUCAAUCGAAUAUAAUCAAUCACAGAAUCAGUACUUGGGUUCAUACAAUCAAAGCCUAACAUACAAAUCUAGGGUUCUCCAUACCCAGAUGAAUGGGAGAACUACUCCAUAGAGAAGAAAGCAAAAGCAGAAUCAGACACGGAAUUCAUACUGCGAAGGAUGGAUUCCUGCUUCUGGACGUUGAUUGGCACUUCUCCAAGCUCAAGCUGGCCUCCAAUGGUGUUGAAGAUCAAUCUAGGGCACUUGGAGACUCUUGUUCGUCGCUUUCUCUCUCUAGAAAUCGCUUUCUUUCUCAAAAACCCGAAUCCUCCCGAAUUGUGGCUGAAAUUCUGCUUAAAAGGAGAAAAUCCCGACUCACACGGCCAGGGUGGCACAGCCGUGCAGCUCACCCAGUUGCCCGUGUGAGUCAAAACGCAUCGUUUCAUUUAGUUCGAAUUCCAGGCUCUUUGCACGGCCAGAAUGGCACGGCCGUGUGGACAUCCCCUCUUGCCCGUGUUUGCUCUCGCAGAAUAUGGCACGGCCAACCCGGCCACUCGCACGGCCGUGUCGAUCCUCUGCUCUGCCCGUGUGUGCUCUCGGCAAAACUCGCACGGCCAGGCCAUUACUUCACACGGCCGUGCGAGUUUCAGGGCAGCCCGUGUGACCUCCCUUGUGACUUGUCUCGCGCCCGAUCUUCACCCAAUCGACCCCGAACUCGCUCCUAAACCUUCAUUCACUUGCCAGGACCUGAAAUAUCACAAACAAGCACAACCUAGCGUGAAAUCGGUCUAAAACACGAGAAACCACCUCUCAAACGGUGUAAGAACAGGGGUGAAAACAUGUGUAACUAACGGUCUAUCAAACUCCCCCACACUUAACCGUUUGCUUGUCCCCAAGCAAACCUAACUCAAACCAAUGCAACUCUCCAGACCUCUAUAGCAACAAACAACCCAGAUCGUAGGUAGAGGACUUCCUAUAUCAUUUAGCAACUUACGAGGUCAACCGACGCACAAGUCAUCUCAUAACUUCUUCGGCGAGUCGGCAUCAUGGCAAAUAGUGAACAGAGGACAAAUGAAUUUUGGAUGAAGAGAUUCUAAAAAACAACAGAUCAUGGACUCACAUUUUUCAAGGUGCUCUAUUUUCUGCUUAAGGAUGUUUGGAACCCCUUUUCUUUCUAUUAUGCUUGUUUCUGUUAUUUUUCUUUUCUUUUUUCUUUUUCAAGGGUCCCAACCUGCUCUUACCGGCCAUGCCAGGAGCGGAUGUCUCGAGCCUCGUGCGGGGGAAAGACAUGUAAGGGGGCUGGAGGUAGUAGGUGGAAAUUGGGAACGAAUUCUCGUCUCCCCUUACACACUUUUGCCCUAUUCGCACGGGAGACGUUUAUUUUGAAGCACAUUUUCGAGCACCUGUUAUUUUCAAAACAUGAUACAAGAGUCCAUGACAGGCAGAGAAUCCACAACACCACACAAUUCAAGGGUCCUAAGAUCACUAAUUCACUCAAUCAACCAACUCAAUAUGAAGAAGAAAUGAGACUUCUUAAAUGCAUCGACAUCCUCCAUAGUGCUACACUACCUCCCUAUGUUGCAUAUCACUAUAAAGACUGUCAAUUCAA